GACAUGGAAACAUCAGGAAGAAGCAGUCUAUUAACUGCAGCAGUAAACACACAUGAAGACUUUUUACUUCACCAAAUCAGUGAAAUGUCCACUAUUGUGAGCCUCCUUCCUGAAUGAGAGCCGCACAGAGGCAGACCACCGAGGCGGACUGUGUGUGUCACCGUGCAGACCGAGCAGGAGGCGUCCCCGCUCCGCAGCUCCAGUCGGAUAUCUCGCCUCUCGAUAGCAUGUUGUGAUAGAAAUGAAGUUGUCGUCGCAACCAAAAUGGUGAAGCAAUAGAGAUGACACACGUUUUUGAGUAUGGCAGACAGAAAGGGAAAACCUGCCACUCCAAUUAAAACACUUACGAAGAAAGAACAAGAGGAGCUCAAGAAAAAGGAGGAAGAAAAAGCAGCAGAGGUUUUUGAAGAAUUCUUGGCGUCAUUCGAGACCAGUGAGAAAGGCGGAGUGAAAACUUUUGUCCGUGGGGGUAUCGUAAAUGCAUCUAAAGAGGAUGAAGCAGAGGUCAAGAAAAGUAAGCUGUAUCGACCUGGUACGAAGUUUGUCCCCGUGCCCCAGCACGUCUCACCAGUGUCAUCUGCUGAAAGCAAAAAAGCAACAUUUAAAAGAAAGACUGAAGAAAAGAAAAAGAGUAACCUCGAGCUCUUUAAAGAAGAACUAAAGCUAAUACAAGAAGAGCGUGAGGAAAGACAUAAAAGGAAGAAAAAUGACCCGGGCGUAGGAGGAGGAACAGGAGGAGGGGGAGGAGGAGGAUAUGGAGAUCUGGACAUACCAUUGUCAGGACGAUCAACAUUAUAUGAUGACCUAACAGUGCCAACCACCACUAACCUCUACAUUAGCUGCAUUAGCCCAAAGAUGAACGAGGAAAUGCUUUGCAAAGAGUUUGGUAAGUAUGGUCCCCUGGCCAGUGUGAAGAUCAUGUGGCCCCGAACAGACGAGGAGCGCUGCAGGACCUCCAACAGAGCCUUUGUGGCUUUCAUGACACGGAAAGAUGCAGAGAGAGCCUUGGCUGCACUUGAUGGUAAAGUGAUUAUGGGGUUUGAAAUGAAGCUGGGAUGGGGUAAACCAGCUCGCAUUCCACCUCAGCCUCUCUACACACCAGUGGGGGUGAGGGCCACACCGCCACCCCCAUCUGGUCUGCCUUUCAAUGCUCAGCCUAGGGAUCGCUUCCGCAAUGACUUCACCAAGCCGCUGGGCAUGUCCAAAGGGGAUCUUGACAAGACUCUGUCCGAAGCCGUAGUCAAAGUGGUUAUCCCAACCGAAAGGAAUCUAUUAUUCCUUAUUCACAGGAUGAUAGAGUUUGUGGUGCGUGAAGGCCACGUGUUUGAAGCUGUAAUUAUGAACAAGGAGAAAAACAAUCCAGAUUACAGGUUCCUUUUUGACAACAAAAGCCAAGAUCACGUAUACUAUCGCUGGAAACUGUUCUCCAUCCUCCAGGGAGAGUCCCCGACAGAGUGGAGGACCACAGAUUUCCGCAUGUUCCGGGGGGGUUCCGUAUGGAGACCCCCUGUCCUAAACGACUACUCUCAGAGGGGUGAGGAUAGUGCAGAGGUGGAGGAGGAUGCUCCCCCUGAGGAGGAGGUGAAGAAAGGGCAGCUCAGAGCUGAGCACAGACAGAGGCUGGAGACACUGCUUAAAGAGCUCACCCCAAGCAGAGAAGAUAUUGCCAAUACCAUGCUGUUCUGUCUCGAGCGAGCGGAUGCAGCAGAGGAAGUAGUGGGACACAUCACAGAAUCUUUUUCCUUGCUUCAGACACCCCUUCAGAAGAAGAUUGCCAGGCUGUAUCUUGUGUCAGACAUCUUGCACAACUCAUGUGCCAAAGUAGCCGGUGCAUCAUAUUACCGUAAAUAUUUUGAAACAAAGCUGACGCAGAUAUUUGGAGACCUUAACGCGGCACACAAAAACAUACAAGCCAGGCUGCAGGCUGAACAGUUCAAGCAAAAGGUCAUGAGUUGUUUUAGAGCAUGGGAAGACUGGGCCAUAUACCCGGAGCCUUAUCUAAUCCACCUUCAAAACAUCUUUCUGGGCUUUACCAAAGCAGUGGAGGAGCUGACCGAGACGGCGAAGGAAGUAUCCUCUGAUCUUGAUGGUGCACCAAUGGACAGCACAUCUGUAGGUGCGUUACCUUUGGACAGAGCUCCUGUAGAUGACCUCGACGGCUGCCCCUUGGGCUGGGACCCUCUGGAUGGAGUCUGUGUUGACGACAUAGACGGUGUUCCCUUAGGAGUCGCCAUUGAUGACAUUGACGGAAUGCCCUUGGAUGAGAGCAAUAUUCCUCUCUCCAGAGUGCCUUUGUCUAAGUGGGAGAAGACGGGUGAUACUGGCACUUAUUCUCAAGGUAACACAGCCAAGACUGAGUCGAAGUGGGACAUGGUGGUGGAGCAAGACCGCAAAGAUGGAGUGAAUGUAAGUGUCAACUCAAAGGUUGGAGAAGAGGACUCAGAGAGCGACAGCAGUGAUGACUCCUGCAGUUUGUCCAAAUAUGACAGUGCAGACUUCCAGAGCUCCCUCAGAAGUUUUCAAAUGUCUGAGAGCAAAAGGAAAAGGUUGAGAGAGCUGGAGGUAAAAGUUGUUCAGAUCCAAGAUGAGUUGGAAUCUGGCAAGAGGCCGAGGAAUUCUGGAAUGAGCAUACAACAACAAGUGGAGCACUACAGGAACAAACUGCUACAGAAGGAGUUUGUAAAAGAUGAAGAAAAGAACGAGACAUUGACAUCAAAGUCUAAAGACAAGUCAAAGGAUGACAGAAGGGACAAAGAAAGGAGCAAAAGAAGUGAAGACGGGGUCAGACGACGACCGUGGAGUCGAGAUCCUGAUGACCAGACUCGAAAAUCAAGGAGCAUCUCUCCCUUAAAGACAAGAUCUCCCAAAUGGUCCAAACGUUCCCAAUCACCAUCUCCAGACCGGAAGGCAGGGAAGUCCAGGUCCCGGUCACCGCAUCGCUCCCACAAGAAGACGAAGAAGAGCAAACAUUGAUGCUCAACUCUGGGCUUUGUCAUCUACUAGCCUGCCAGUGUCCAUGGGUUACACAUACCCUUUAAACAGACUGACAGGUCUGUUUCUCUUGGUCCCAACUUACACUACUCAUGCAAGAUUCAGCACUCUUUUGUAUGAUAAAGUUUGAACACUGUAACUAAUUAUAUAUAUUUUUGUUUUAAUGUUUGUUUUUAAAAUGAUAACCAGAAAUGUUGCUGCAAAGUUCUGACACUAAAUAAAUCACUGUUGGUGAUGAA